CUGUCCUGAGGCCCUACCUACAGACUCAGACACAGCAAUACCACCCCCUUUUUGAUGAGUUCCUUCAGCACGCGAGCGCUCACGCUGCUGUCGUCUGUGUUCGGGGCGUGUGGGCUUCUCCUGGUGGGCGUUGCCGUGUCGACGGAUUACUGGCUGCUGAUGGAGGAGGGCAUCGUGCUGCAGCAGAACCAGUCCAUGCAGGUCAAGAUGGCGCUGCACGCCGGACUCUGGAGGGUCUGCUUCGUGGCCGGGGCGGAAAAUGGAAGAUGUGUGGCUGCAGAGUACUUCAGUUCUGACGCCGAAAUCGAGAUUGUCACCGAGAACACUGCAAAUAUCCUGAAGAUGGUGAGGACGGCCACUCCCUUCCCCAUGGUGUCCCUGCUCUUCGUCUUCACCGCCUUCGUCAUCAGCAACAUCGGACACAUCCGACCCCAGCGCACCAUCUUGGCAUUCGUUUCCGGAAUAUUCUUCAUCCUCUCAGGCCUGAGUCUGGUGGUGGGCCUGGUGCUGUACAUAUCCAGUAUAAAUGACGAGGUCAUGAAUCGCCCGCGAGAGGCCGAGCACUUCUUCCACUACCACUACGGAUGGUCCUUCGCCUUCGCAUGCAGCUCCUUCCUCCUCAAAGAGGGGGCGGGCGUGAUGUCCGUGUACCUCUUCAUGAAGCGCUACACCGAGGAGGAGAUGUACCGGCCCCACCCCGCUCUCUACCGCCCCCGCCUGUCCGAGUGCAGCGACUACAGCGGCCAGUACCUGCACCCGGAGUCCUGGCCGCCCCCGCAGCGCGGACGCAGCGCCUCCGAGGUCUCCAGCGACAUCUCCAUCCAGCUGAACCAGAACACGCCCCCGGGGCCGCCCAAGGGGGGCAGCGGCAGUGGCUCCGGCGGCGCGGCCCCCAGCGGGCCCCCGUCCUCCUCCGGGCCCUCGUCAGGGGCCAGCUACCACCACGCCCCUCACUCCUCCUCCUCCUCCGCCUCCUACGCCCACUCCAUGCACCAUGCCAUGCAGCAGGGUCCCCACAACCCCCAGGCCCUGCCCAUGGCCACGCCCCCCGCCGCUGUGCCCCCGCCACGCUACCACGCACACAUGCGCAUGAGUGCCUCCCCCUGUUAG